UUCAGUCGUUUCACCGUUUCACCGGACGUUGUCAGUUGCGGGACGCGCUCAUUUGCAAACGAAACUGCGCAGUUCACAAGGAAACUAUGGAGCGCAGAGACGAACUCAGCGCAGUACACAAGGCAACUAGACGCAACACAGAUAAAGGCUGAACAUGCUGUAAAGAACGUUCGCGCGCUCUUUUGCAAACGCAACUGUGUAAUUCACAAGGCAACUAGACGCCACAAAAAAAAAAAAAGACGAAAAAGAAAAUAUCCGCAAGGAAUGCUCACAUGCUCUCUUACAAAAGCGCAACUGCGUAGUACACAAGGCAACGACUUGCAACUUGAAAUACAGACACGAACCGUAAGCAUGUGCUCAGGAAAAAUAAUGAUUCUAAAGUAUCCCAACACGUGGACUGUUUUGCUGGGAAUUCUCACGCACUCUCUUUCAAAUGUAAUUGUGCAAUUCACAAGGCCACAAGUGGCAACACGGAGACCAGCUGUAAGCAUGAUGGGCUCAUGAAAGGUAACACUUCUAAAGUAUUCCUAUACCUGGACUGUUUUGUAGGGGAUGCUCACGCACUAUUAGAUAAACGGAAUUCACAAGCCAACUAGACACACACACAGACGAAUUGCAUGUGCACACAAAAAGUGAAAAUGCUUCUUAAGUAUUUUAUACCUGCUCUGGUUUGCAGGGAACGCUCGUGCAUGCUCUCACAAACACAACUGCGUAAUUCACGGGGCAACGAGGCACACAAACGGACUAACUGUAUGUUUGAAGAUCCUCUAACUACACUGCAGAUCAGUUCUUGUUCAUCGCUCUCAUCUGAUGACAGGUCUGCAUUUGACUUUAAUACAACUGACGAGCCAACAGACUGCAAGAAUGACUCUCAUGACGAAGAGACAACUAAGAGAACCUCUUUUGUAUGGAACCACUUCGAGAGACAGCAUGCGAAUCCACUCGUAGGAUGAUGCAAAAUAUGCCGCAGGAGCGUACGUCUUGGAAGAAAGGGCAGCAAUGCCAGACCAGAAUGGGUUUCUUUGAUGAAACUCUAUUCCUCAAAGACAGACCAAGUAUCCAGACCAUGGCAAGCGCCUCAUUCACGCUGAACAGCAUCAUUCUUAUGCUGAGCCUUUUCGCGGCCAUGAGUUCCGACGACGCUGCUGUGCAACUGAAGCUGAACGCAGUGGACAGCACGCCGGAAGAAAUCCGUUUUACAUCGUAUGGUCGUAUUGUGGCAUGCUACAUCAACAUCUUGGUUGAUCUCUUCCUUGUCAUUGGCAUAGAAGACAACUGUCGCGCUGCCAUGGUGUGCUUCAUGUGGUGGAACUGGUUUCACGUCUUCGUGGACACACUCACUCUCACAGGUUUUGCCAUUUGGAAGGGGACGAGCGACAACGUUACGAUCAUAAUAGUAUGCAUUGUCAUCGUCGGAAGUCUGUUGUUUGUAAAGGCCUUCUGUGCUCGGAGAGUGUACUUCUACAGUUUGGCUGUCCAACAGGGUGAGAUCGGUAUAGGUCAACCCCCGGAUAUGGCUAUAGUCAGGGAGAAGCUCACGGGACCUGUGCUUGACGAAGUCCCAAGAAGACCCUCCGACGAUUUCAUUGACGAUAAUGUUGAGCCAGAUACGAUGACGAAGUAAACAUCACCUACCGCCUCGCAGAAUAAAGCCAAUUAAAAACGUUA